AUGGGUCUCGAGUACAAAUGGAUGACUCUGGCAGACGCGAGAGCAGAAGAGGCAAAGAAGUGGGAACCGGUACAUGUCGGCACCGCUGCACCAGCAGUAUGUGUCGACGAUUCUGGCAUCGAGGUGCUUGGCUGCAUGAACCUGACUAAUGAGACAGCUUCGAUUGGAUUGAAUGGUAAGCAAAAGGGGGCAGAGAAAUGGCCAGUAAAUAUGUGUCCCACUUGGUGGUCUUUUGGGCGUGUUGAACCAUCAAUAGAUGAGGUUUGCCUGAUUCUUCUGCCUUGA